CACACAGCAGCUGCUCCACAGUCUCUCUUACGCAGUGUCUCGGAGGCAAAGUGGCAGCAUGGCCGCUCACAACCAACCCUCGCAGGGCUUCAACAGAGGAAGAAACCAAUUUCUUUGAAUUUCUUUCUGCUUACAGCACACCACCCCCCCCAAAAAAAACAGCUUCGGGGGACUACAUCUACUGUCGGCGGCAAUUCGUCUUUAUGCGCGGUGGUUGUUUUCGGUGGCGGCAGCAGCAGUUCUCCAGCCUGAUUCGCCUGUCAAACAUUGCGUGCUUACAUCGACGCUAAGCUAGCUCAGCUGCUAGCUUGGCCGGUUUGUUUCGUACGGAGCUGGUGCGUAGGUGAUGUUGUCCGUGCUGUCUUACGGUAGACUUGUUGCCAGAGCUGUCAUCGGCGGGCUUUCUCAGACAGACAGCCGCGACUACAGCCUGGUGACGGCGAGCUGCGGCUUCGGCAAAGACUUCCGCAGAGGCAUUCUGAAGAAAGGGAUGUGUUAUGGGGACGACGCGUGUUUCAUCGCCCGGCACAGGUCCGCCGAUGUUUUGGGUGUAGCAGACGGAGUUGGUGGCUGGAGAGACUACGGUGUGGACCCGUCGCAGUUUUCCAGUACGCUGAUGAAGACGUGCGAGAGGCUGGUGAAGGAAGGACGAUUUGUCCCCAGCAGCCCCGUGGGAGUCCUUACGACCAGCUACUACGAGCUACUACAGAACAAAGUGCCUCUACUGGGUAGCAGCACCGCCUGCAUCGUGGUGUUGGACAGGCAGAGUCACCAGCUGCACACAGCCAACCUGGGAGACUCGGGUUUCCUGGUGGUCCGGGGCGGGGAGGUGGUCCACCGCUCAGACGAACAGCAGCACUACUUCAACACACCCUUCCAGCUGUCCAUCGCUCCUCCCGGGGCAGAGGGAGCCGUGCUCAGCGACAGCCCAGAAUCUGCUGACAGCUCCUCCUUUGACGUGCAGCUAGGUGACAUAAUCCUCACCGCCACCGAUGGGCUGUUCGACAACAUGCCUGAUUAUAUGAUCCUCCAAGAGCUGAAAAAGCUGAAGAACUCAAACUAUGAGAGCAUUCAGCAGACGGCCCGCAGCAUCGCAGAGCAAGCUCAUGUACUGGCAUAUGACCCCAACUACAUGUCACCUUUUGCACAGUUUGCAUGCGACAACGGACUGAAUGUCAGAGGAGGAAAGCCAGACGACAUCACAGUGCUGUUGUCCAUCGUGGCAGAAUACACGGACUAGAACCUGCGAGCCGGGACGUCGCUAAUCUGCCUCUGGAAGUGAUGAACUGCUUCAAUUCCUGCUGGCCAGGAUGUAGGUUUGACAUCUGAUACUUCCUCCACAUCUACAGGAUCCACUCUGCUGAAGAGCCGCCCCAACGCCCUUUUUGUUCUCCCAUAAAAAGUACCGCCAGCGAGAGGUCAAAUUAUGCAAACGAGAGGCCUAAAACACACUGCUGUCUCAGUUGGACUGUUGGCAUCUUUGUAGUUUUCCACUGCUCACUUGCUAAUCCCAUUGCCAAGGAUCAGUAGUCAUUGGUUGGAGAUGAAGCAUCCAGUGUGAGGUCAAGUCUGUCUCUUUCCUGAUGGGAGGCUGGGGUGAGGAGAAAGUCCAGGCUAGGAUGUAGCCAACGGCUGCCAUAAGGGAAUAAAAGGUUCUCAGGCAUACAGAAGGGAAUGGCAGCUUUAGGGCUCAAUAACCAAGCUGCAGUUUGUAGAUGCUUCAGGACCUUCAUGGAAAGUUCUGGAGUGUUUUCUAGGAGCACGGAGCAAAAGUUAAACAAGACGGUGUGUUCAGAGUCUACAAAAAACCCCAGCUUAUGUGACAAUGACACACCUGUCGGCGGGCUCAUCUUUAAAGAUUUCACAUCGACGAGCAGCAGCUGCCUUUUUCUUACUGGUGCGAUUGGAGUCCAGCGCAUGUUUCGUUACUGAGUGGGACGGAGAAUUUGUAGUCGGAAAGCCUCUUUGGACGCACGCGACGCACAUUAUUUGUCAAACCGAUGUCCUCCCUUUAAUUUUACAGCUGCUGGUGAAGUCUUGACAGUAAUUUUGUGUGAAGUGUGUAUGGAUGCGAGUGUGACGGAUGACUGGUGUCGAGUUGGAUGUCAAGGCGCCGGACUAACUCCACAUCCACUGGACUAAAUGGGUCUGGCAGCCUUAAACGCACACAGCUAAAAAAAAAAAAAAAAA